UGGCAAUCCACCUAGAUGACCCCCGACAUGGUCCCAGAACCCGAAGACGUCGUCCACGCCGCUCUAGAAACGUACGCGCGUCUACCGAAACACGGCAAGCCGACCGUGCGCGAUAACGGUGUCAAAGAAUGGACGGUGUUCGCGUCAGUCGUCCUCACAUCCCCCACGACUUCGCCUCGCGUAGCCUCGAUCGGGGCGGGCGUCAAGUGCCUCCCCGCUAACCGCCUUCCACCGUUGGGUGACACGGUACACGACUCGCAUGCAGAGGUACUCGCGCGGCGGGGCUUCGUACGCUUCCUCCUUUCAGAGGCGGCCACCCUCCUAGCGGGGCAAGAGAGUGCAGUUCUCUCACAACCCUCACCGGGGAAGUUCGCCCUGCUCCCCGACGUCGAGGUAUGGUUGUAUAUAUCCGCAUUGCCUUGCGGGGACUCAUCGACGCUGCACACCGCCGCUCACCAGGACGCGACUGAGGCGGCCUCCUUCGCGAGCCUCGAGGCCUCCCUCUCGGCCGUGGAGGGCGCCGCGCGCGGGCGCAGCGGGUACGCGAACCUCGGCGCGAUCCGGACGAAGCCUGGACGGCGGGAUGCGCCGGCGAGCAUCUCGUUCUCGUGUUCGGACAAGAUCGGAACGUGGUGCGCGCUAGGCCUACAGGGCGCGCUGUUGGAGCGCUUCGCGCCGGUGUAUCUCGACCAUAUCGUCGUGGGAGGCGUGCAAGCGCCUUCGACGGAGGGGGAGGGAUGGAGAGAGGGGAUACGGCGCGAGGUCGAGCGCGCCGUGUAUGGCCGGCUUGAGGGCAUUGGCGGUGCGUUGCCGCCACCUUACGCGCUGCACCGGCCGAGAGUGCAUCUCACCGACGUGAGGUUUCCCUUCGACAAGCCGUCAGGCGACAGCGCCACGGCCAACACUAGCUUGUCGUUCGUCGCGGGGUGCAAGCCUGAAGUGCUCGUCAACGGCUGUGUACAGACAAGCGGGUGGAAGGCGCCGGGGCGCACGCUGCUCAAGGACAAGCUCAGGAGUCGGGUAUGUCGCAUCGAGAUCAUGCGGGCGUACCUCGCUCUGGCGAACGCCCUUCCGGAUGCAUCUGGUAACGGGGGUGGGAGCGAGUCGACAUAUGAUGCACUCAAGGCGCACAACACGGCUUAUGCCGCGGCCAAGCGCGUGAUCCGCGGUGAGCCGCGCGAUCCCGUGGGCCCCGAGUGGAACCUCCCACAUGACUUCCAGGCUACUACGGGCGACGCGCCGUUCACCGGCUGGAUUGUCGCAGGCAAACGCUACGCCUCUUUCACUGCUGAGGGGGAGGCGCGCGACUAGACUACAUACAUUCACGUGCAUACAUUGACAUUUCGCAUAGCCUCUGGAGUCUGUUGUCUCGUUAGGAUCGUUCGGUUCGUUGUUGGUU